ACAAGAAAUAUUCCUUUUCAAAUCAAAAUGGCCUCUGGGACACUGUACACUUACAAGGAUAGCUUCAGAGCUUUCAAGACUCUGAUAGCAGCUGAAUACAGCGGGGCUAAAGUGAAUGUUUUCCCCAAUUUUGAAUUUGGCAAGACCAAUAAGUCUCCAGAAUUUUUGAAAAAGUUUCCACUUGGAAAGGUCCCAGCAUUUGAAGACAAAGAUGGUAACUGCAUUUAUGAAAGUAAUGCUAUUGCUCAAUAUGUUUCGAAUGAGACACUUCUUGGAACAAACACACUAGAUGCCUGUCUUGUUCAGCAGUAUAUUAACUUUGCCGAUAAUGAAAUCCUGCCAUCUGCUUGUGCUUGGACAUUUCCAACACUUGGUCUGAGACAAUUCAACAAACAGGAGCAUGAAAAGGCUGUAGCACAUAUCAAGAAAUGCCUUGAACUUCUGAACAAUGCUCUUCUCACAAGGACAUUUUUGGUUGGUGAACGUGUCACCCUUGCAGAUAUUAGUGUUUGCUGCAACCUUCUUUUGCUGUAUAAGCAAGUUCUUGACCCAGCAACCCGAUCCCAGUAUGGAAAUGUGAACAGAUGGUUUCUAACUUGCAUCAAUCAGCCACAGUUCAAGAAAGUGAUUGGAGAUGUAACUUUGUGUGUUAAAGCUGCUACUUUUGAUGCCAAGAAAUUUGAAGAGUUAAAUCCAAAGCAAGGUAAAAAAGGGAAGGAAAAGGCGAAAGAACCCAAACAAGAACCCAAAAAGGCAGAACCAAAAGCUAAAGCUGAGCCAGCAGAGAAGGCACCAGAGAAACCAAAAGAAGAGAAGAAAAAAGAUCCAUUUGCUGACCUUCCCCCACCUACCAUGGUUUUUGAUGAAUGGAAGAAGAAGUAUAGAAAUACUGACACUGAAAAGGAAGCUAUCCCUUGGUUUUGGCAGAAUAUUGACAAACAAGGUUACAGUGCAUGGAUUGCCGAGUAUAAUUACAACGACGAACUGAAAAAAAUUUUCAUGGCUUGCAACCUUGUGUCAGGAAUGUUGCAGCGUCUUGACAAGCUCCAUAAAAAUGCCUUUGGAAGUAUGUGUGUAUUCGGUAAAGAUGGUAAUAUCAUGAUUGGCGGUCUUUGGAUUUUCAGGGGCCAGGAACUUGCAUUCAGCUUAAACGAGGAUUGGAAUAUUGAUGCUGGAUCAUAUUCAUUCCGUAAACUUGACUGGGAUAACGAAGAAGACAAAAAAAUGAUCAAUUUGUAUUUCAAGCAAGAUGGAGAUUUCCCUGGCAAACCCCCAGUGAACCAAGCAAAAUUUUUCGGAUAGGACUCUCAAGCAUUGAAAUAGUUGAUAAUCCUGUAAACGAAGCAGAAGUAAAGCUGUAAGCUAAAUGAGAAUGCAAUGAAAUUCAGUUCUUUA